UACCGUGUACAGAAAAUAUGGUUAACCAAUAAUCGUCAUGUAUAGAGACAAUUUCCGCGCAUGCGCCUCAACCAUUUGAUUAGUCCUUCGGUACACAUCAGGUUUGAAAUAUACAAGUUAAUAGUCAAGUACAUUUUUGCUUAUUAUUAUCAAGAAAAAUUUAUAAAUGAGUCGCUCGUUCAAUCAUCAUUUGUUCGUGCCACAAUUCAUACAUAUCGUUAACGUAAUGCUAUACAAGCACAAUUAUUGAUUUGGAGUUUUUCUGUCCAGAAAUAAACAUUAAGUCAAAUGUACAGACCAGGCAAAGCAAUUUAAACAAAGAAAAACACUAAAUAGAAACCAAUUAGCUCCUAAAAAGUUAUAAACAGUGAAAACAUGGGGUGCUUAAGUAGUAAAGACCGUUUAACCAAAGAAGACAUGGAGUUCUUAAAAACGCAUACGAGAUAUGACGAAGCCACAAUUAAAGAGUGGUAUAAGGGAUUUAAGCAAGAUUGCCCCAACGGCCGAUUGACGCCUGCUAAGUUUGUCGAUAUGUAUAAAAUGUUCUUUCCAUCCGGAAAUGCGGAAGAGUUUUGUGACCAUGUUUUUCGUACAUUCGAUAUGGACAAAAAUGGAUAUAUUGACUUUAAGGAAUUUUUACUCGCAAUAGAUGUAACUUCAAGCGGAACACCGGAGGAAAAGCUUAAAUGGGCCUUUCGAAUGUACGAUGUCGAUGGCAAUGGUGUUAUAGACAUACAAGAAAUGACCAAAAUUGUUCAGGCAAUUUAUGACAUGCUAGGAGCGUGCUCAUCUAAUCGUCCAGCUGAUUCAGCAGAAGAAAGAGCAAAAAAUAUUUUUGCAAAAAUGGACGAAAAUAACGAUGGUCAAUUAACCCAAGAUGAGUUCUUGAAAGGAUGCUUGCAAGAUGAGGAGUUGUCAAAAAUGUUGGCACCAUAAACAAUUAUAUCCUACAAUAUGUGUGUAUUUGAUGAAAUCAGUAAUGAAAUGUAUAAAUACUUAAUUUAUAUUUCUUAUACUAAAAUUAAACUACUAUAAAACUAUGCAAUCAUUAAACUAUUUUCAGUGUGUCACUCAAAUUUACAUUAAAAUUUUUCACCAGAUCUAAAAA